CUCGAAACUGCCCGGGUGCCUUGGAGUGCUCCUCUUCGAACCCAGUCCACACACAGCAGCCUGAACGCAGGACGACACCAUGGCCGAGUCGGCUUCUCCAAUUGGCAUUGCCAAUCUGCCCAACCAGCGACACAAGAUCGUCGCGAAGCGUGGUGCUGCCUUCACGAUAAUGGUCGCGGGCGAGUCUGGACUCGGAAAGACGACCUUCAUCAACACCCUCUUCUCCACUACCAUCAAAAACUACGCCGACCACAAGCGCCGCCACAUGAAGCAGGUCGACAAGACGGUCGAGAUCGAGAUCACAAAGGCAGAGCUAGAGGAGAAAUUCUUCAAGGUCCGCCUGACUGUCAUUGACACCCCCGGCUUCGGCGACUACGUCAACAACCGCGACUCGUGGCAACCCAUCAUCGAGUUCCUCGACGACCAGCAUGAGUCGUAUAUGUUGCAGGAGCAGCAGCCGCGCCGCAGCGAUAAGAUCGAUCUCCGUGUGCACGCCUGCUUGUACUUCAUCAGACCCACCGGCCACACCCUCAAGCCGCUGGACAUUGAGGUGAUGAAGAGGCUCUGCACGCGUGUCAACUUGAUUCCCGUCAUUGCUAAGGCGGAUACUCUGAGCCCGCAGGAUCUGGCUAAAUUCAAGACGAGGGUGCGCGCUGUCAUUGAGGCCCAGGGUAUCAAGAUCUACCAGCCGCCACUCGAAGAGGACGAUGAUGCCGCCCUCAACCACGCUCGUGGCUUGAUCACUGCCAUGCCCUUCUCCGUCAUCGGUUCUGAGAAGGACGUCCAGACGAACGACAACCGCACCGUCAAAGGCCGGCAAUAUGCCUGGGGCGUUGCCGAAGUCGAGAACGAAGAGCACUGCGACUUCAAGAAGCUCCGCGCUAUCCUCAUCCGAACCCACAUGCUCGACCUCAUCCACACCACCGAGGAAAACCACUACGAGGCGUACCGUGCGCAGCAGAUGGAGACACGCAAGUUCGGCGAGGCUCGCCCGCGGAAGCUCGACAAUCCCAAGUUCAAGGAGGAGGAAGAGGCGCUCCGCAAGCGCUUCACCGAGCAGGUCAAGGUCGAGGAGCAGCGAUUCAGGCAGUGGGAGCAGAAGCUCAUCUCAGAGCGCGACCGCCUCAACAAGGACCUCGAGGCGAGCCACGCUAUGAUCAAGCAGCUCGAGUCGGAGGUGGAAAAUCUCCAGAGCACCAUGGGCAAUCGCUCGCACGGCCGUCGUUAAAGCGGCGCGUCCAGGGCGUCGAUGGCGUUGGCUUGACACUUCUUCAAGUGCACCGUUGGCUCGUCAAAGAGCCUAUCUUCUACCUUUCGAGAUUCCCCUCCUUUUCCUUUUCAUAUGUUUGUAAUGUCGUGUCGCGACGGGUCCUGGUGUGUGCGCUGGGCAGGUUGCGAUGAGAUUGAGGGGGUCGCGGAGAGCUAAAAACGUUUGGCAAGGCAUUGAGUGGAUGGGGUAGUAGCUUGAUUCUUCUAAAGGACUUGUAAAUUAAUUUAUCUUGGUUGCCGCUGGUCG